GGCGCGCGUCGGCUGCUCGGCGGCUGUUGAGUCACGUGUAUACAGGGGUGCAGGUGCUCGAUCGCCGCAUGGCUCGUGCCGACGUGAGGGGAUCGGCAGGAUCGGUUACGCGCCCGUCGAUCAAUCGCCCCGCGGAGCGGCUCGUCACACGCGGCGGCUCGGUGUUGCCCACGUGAACGUAAACCCCCCGAUCACCAUGCGAUGACGGCUUUCAACUAUCUUCGUGGAACCGCCAGAACGCUGCGGCUUUUACAGGCCCCUUCCGCCAAAGUACACAGAAGUCUGCGCCUCCUCUUUCGAAAUGAAUCUAGUUUUGUGCCUAAGAAGGUGCUUAUCGUGGCGAAAUUGUCCCGGUACCACUUCGAAAGGUUACGGGAACCCGAGCUCAAUGAGACCCAGCUGAAGAGGAAGCUACUCGAAAGGGACUCGGAUUAUAACGCCAUACUCGCCAGCCACUUGGCCACCAAAGCUGUGGAAGCUCAAGUCGCUCAGCUCUUGCGAAAGCUGAACAUGGAGUACAAAAUAAUAGACAGAACAUGUUUGGAUGAGUCGCUCUUUACGUGGGCGGAUCUAGUGCUGCCAAUCGGUGGCGACGGAACGUUCCUCUUAGCCUCGAAUUUGAUAUUCAAUAAUAAGAAACCUAUAAUGGGCAUUAAUUCGUACCCUGAGAAGUCAGAAGGCUUUCUCUUGUUAUCGGCGAAAUAUACGAAUGCCAUACCAGAAAUUUUCGAGAUGCUGAGGGCGGGGCACUACAGCACUCUUAUGCGAAGACGAAUACGAAUCACUUUGAAGGGAGAAGAAAUAUGGCUACCUGCCUUUCAUACGCACGAGAAAGGCCGUAUCGUUGGUGACAGGUUUUUUUAUACGAACGAAAAGUUGGGAAGCAAGCAGAGAGAUUUACCAAAGGAACGGAAGCUACCUUGGUUGGCGCUUAAUGAAGUUUUCAUGGGCGAAACGUUAUCGGCACGGACGAGUUCCUUACUUAUAAAGUUCGAUGAGGACAAAGAAUAUAAAAAAGUAAAGGGCUCCGGUUUGUGCGUGAGCACAGGGACAGGAUCAACGUCUUGGUAUAAAUCUAUACACAGCCUGAACCAUCAAACCGUGCGGGAUAUAUUAAGCUUCGUGGAUACCAAACGGCAAUUCACCAAUGACGAAAUUAAUACCAUCUGUUCAACGUUCAACAGCAGCUUGCGAUUUGACGCAGAAGAUUCCAAACUGUGUUACUCAAUAAGAGAUAUGAUAGUUACCGACGCGGUACCUGUUCCGAAAGACGUGCACACUCGUGGUUUCUGUAGGAAAGCUACUGUGAAAUCGCAAUGCUUUGACGCAGGCUUAGUUCUCGACGGUGGAAUAGCGACCCCCUUCAACUUCGGCACUAUCGCGGAAAUAGAGACUUGUCCCGAAGACUCGUUACGCACUAUCACUCUUGAUUGAAAAAUUUUCGACGAAUUAGGAUAUUCAAAUAGCAUUUUGAUAAUAUAAAAUUAUAUGAUUGUUCAAAUAUUGUUUUCACAUUUUCUUUUAAAUUAAAAUGAACAUUUUCUAUGAACGAAUAUCAAGGACGUAACGUGUGCAAUAUUUAAUGGGAAUAGACGUGCAGAUGCGCUCGAAACGCUAUAAUCUAAUAAUUCUUUUUGUUAUAUUUGAGUGUUAAGAAAACUUUGAAAUGAAAGGAAUACUACAAGCAAGCUACUUAAUUUUAAAAAAAAUUUGUUAGAACAUUGUAACUCCAUGCUUUUUAAAGACCUAAAUCUAUUAAUAUGAAAGUAUAUGUAUAGAUAUAUAGAUAUAAAUAUAAGAAAUUUAAGAUUUAUUGUAUUGCACAUUAUAUGUAGUGUAUUUCAUAUUGUUCAAUUGGCUGUGUACAUAUCUAAGGCCCGGUUUUUCAUUUUCUGGUUAACAGCUAACCACAAGUUUGACUCUCUAUCUUUCUUUAUAUUAUUAUCUAAAAAGGGAGAAUUGAUUAACUUCUGGCUAACAGUUAGCCAAAAAAUGAAACAACCGGGCCUAAAAAUACCAAACGUCCAAUUUAUGAACUAAAUUCGUAAACCUAGACUGUGCUUUUUAUAUACAUUUAGAAUAUUUUAGCUCAAAUAAGCUCAAACCAGCCAAAUUUGUAUAUAUAUCGAUGUAUUUGUUUAUUAAAUAAAUAUAACU